AUGCAUUUCUCCGUCACCGCCAUCAUCCUCGGGCUCGCCGCCGUCUCCUCCGCCGCCAUCGCCGACGUCGAGGGCGUGCGCAACGUCGAGCGCAACUCCAUCGUUCUCGACGCCCGUCAGGCCAAGAAGGCCACGGGUGCCUGCUGCAUUCCCAACACGUCGCUGAAGCAGGAUGCUUGCACUGAUGCGGCGGGCGCGGCGGGCAAGUGUGUGCCUGGAGGACCUACUGCUUGCGGCGGAGCGCUUAACUGCGUUGCUACCACGAGCUUGGCCUGCGACAACAGCGUCAAGGAGCGCUCUGGUGUUCUUUGCCGUUUCAAGCUGCCUAAUGGCAAGCUGCAGGAUGGUGUCAACCAGAUUACCAGCCUGAGCCAGGCCAAGGUCAACUAA